AUGCGCAGUCUCUCAAGCGGUGGCGACUGUCGGCAUGAUGGCGUCCUCGGCCGUUCGCAGCUCCUCACGCUGGAUUACAGUCAUCGUGUCCUCUGGACCUCGACGAGCUGCCGGUUUCGUUCUGUCUCCUGACCAUGGAAGCCUCCGGAGUUUUUCUACCGUGGGAGCUGAGAAGUUGUGGCGUGGGGGCAGCUUGUUUUGCGGUGGAGCAGGAAAAGCGUUGACAUUGAGAGGGGUGUCAGAUCUGAAGUCGCCCAAUGCUCUCUUCACGCUGUCCUUCCAUACAAGCGCCUCUUCUGGCAGCAAGCAGGAUUUCUAUCAGAUUCUUGGAGUUCCUCGCACCGCAUCCCAAAAGGAGAUCAAGAAAGCCUACUACCAGAUGGCCAAAAAGUAUCACCCAGACACAAACAAAGACGACCCGCAAGCGAAAGAAAAAUUUGCACAGUUGGCUGAAGCAUACGAGGUGCUUAGCGACGAAGGGAAGCGGAAGCAGUACGAUACAUACGGUACAGCGGGUUUUGAGGCGGGUCAGGCUGGAGGAGGGCAGCAGUACUGGAGUGGACAGGCCAGCCAUGUCGACCCGGAGGAGCUUUUCCGCAAAAUCUUUGGAGAAUUCUCAGGAGGCCGUGGCUUCGGAGACUUCAACGCCAUAUUUGAUCAGCCACAGGAGUACAUCAUGGAGCUGACAUUCACUCAGGCAGCAAAGGGAGUGAAUAAGGAGAUGUCUGUUAACAUAGAGACAGCCUGCCAGCGCUGCGAUGGGAAAGGCCACGAGCCGGGGACUAAGGUUCAGCACUGCCACCACUGUAACGGGUCAGGCAUGGAAACAAUAAACACAGGACCAUUUGUGAUGCGCUCCACAUGCCGGCGCUGCGGGGGGAAAGGUACAGUUAUUUCAACUCCCUGCAACACCUGCCGUGGAUCUGGACAAACCAAGCAGAGGAAGACUGUGGUUGUUCCUGUUCCUGCAGGAGUGGAGGAUGGUCAGACAGUCAGAAUGCCAGUCGGAAAGAAAGAAAUCUUCAUUACAUUUCGGGUCCAAAAGAGUCCUGUGUUCCGGAGGGAAGGUGCAGACAUUCACUCUGAUCUUUACGUCUCUGUGGCUCAAGCCAUUCUGGGAGGCACGGCAAGAACACAAGGACUUUAUGAAACGCUUAAUUUGUCAAUCCCUGCAGGUGUCCAAACUGACCAGAGGAUCCGUCUGUCAGGGAAAGGAAUUGCUCGCGUCAGUGGCUAUGGCUUUGGAGAUCACUACAUUCACGUCAAAGUCAAAAUACCAAAGACUUUGACAGAUAGACAGAAAUCUCUUUUAACGAGCUUUGCUGAGGAUGAGACCGAUGUAGAAGGGACGGUGAAUGGAGUCACAAACACCAGCACAGGUGGGGGCAGCAGUGGUGAGCAGUCUAAGGGAGGGGAAAGCAGGCAUGUCGAGAAGGAAGCAGGGUUGAAAGAGGAGGGCUUCCUCACCAAGUUAAAGAAAUUAUUUAGCUCUUCCUGACAGCCAUAAACCGGGUAAGAGGUCGUCCUGGAACUAAGCCCGACUGAGCAAAGAGGACAGCGCAAAGCAAGGACAGUAUAAAUGUAAAGAAUGUCAGAAGACUGAGAGACUUGGAGUGUUGGUUUAUUGUUUUGGAUGGAUGACUAAGAAACUUUCUACCCAGACCUGUAGUGAAAAAUCCUAAGGAUCAUCUUCUCUGUUCCCCUGCUGACGUGGAUCUAUGGAUGUGCCAGUCUGCCAACUACACCGCGCAUGGCUACAGAGUGUGUCUUAGCACUCAGUGCAUGCUGGUCAUCUGCUUACCAAAAAGCAAAUAGCUUUUAAGUAAUAAAUUAUUGUAGUAAAAAUCUACAAAAAACAGUUAAGUCUGUUAAGGAUUAAAUCCAGCUAACUCAGUA